UAGGGCCACGCCUGCAAUAGCAGUGAUAAGGUCAGGAGGGGAACCUGUACUAUAUAAAGUCGUGUUCCUCUGUCGAAUCAUCAGUGUGAUCCUUACAGCAGCAAAAUGAAGUUUGUAAUCAUCGCUUGCGUAGCCGCCUUGGCUUUUGCCGCUCCCCAAUAUGACUCCAGCGAAGAGUUCGUGCCAAUCCUGAAGGACGAUCGUGUUCAUGAGGAGGAUGGCACUUUCAACUUCGACUUCGAAGCUGCCAACGGCAUCCGCGUGUCCCAGGCUGGAUCCCCCGACGGUGAUGAGGACGCUGUGGUCAAGGCCGGAGAAUACUCGUACACUGCUCCUGAUGGUACCCCCGUUGUCGUCAAGUACGUUGCUGACGAGAACGGCUUCCAGCCCCAGUCCGACCUCCUACCCGUGGCCCCCGAGUUCCCCCACCCGAUCCCUCAGUUCGUCCUCGACCAGAUCGCAAAGGCUGCCGAGGAGGACCGCAACCGCUCCGAUUCCGAUGAACGUUACAAUUAGACAAAUUACUUAAAAAAACUACUGUCUAUUUAUUGUAUAAUGUUAUUAAUAGACUAUGUACAUAUUUAAA